AUGUUUGUAUUGUUUGCAUCUGUUACCUCAGUUCAAGUUCACAGUUAUCUGAUGCCUAAUUACACACAAAAAUAUAGAGGUGAGUGGGAAAAGCUGCCAGAGAUAAAAGGUUGGCUAGAACCAUGCACUACAGACUACACCAAAGCGUACUGCAAGUACUGUAAAUGUUUUAUCAACGCCAAGCUUGGUGAUAUUAAAAAACAUCAUAAAAGUUUAAAGCACAAAGCAGCUAAGAAGCCCUUUUCAUCAAGGCAGCAGAAAUUAAACUUUGAGCCCAAUAAUAAAGGUGUUACCACUCAGCAAAGGAAAGAAGGUGAUAUUUUUCUAUUUGUAGCUGCUCACACGUCUAUAAAUGCCAUCGAUCACUUGUGUGAAAUUAAUAAUGUUUCUGUUCAUCGGACUAAUUGUACAAAUUUAAUAAAAAAUGUUGUGGGUCCCCAUUUUAUGAAAGACCUACUGUUUGAUGUAGGAGCUAACCCAUAUAGUCUAAUUAUAGAUGAAUCAACCGACGUUGCAGUUUUAAAAAUGUUAGGAAUUGUUAUUAGGUAUUUUAGUACCAAACAUUUAAAAAUAGUCAGUACGUUCUUGUCACUCAUAAACAUUGAAAAUGGAACUGCAGAGUGCAUUGUUGAGGCUAUAAAGCAGCUGCUUACAAAACUUAAAUUAAAUGUACAGAAUUUGCAGGGUAUAGGUACUGACAAUGUUUCAGUAAAGAUAGGAAUUACAGACGAUGUUUAUGCAUAG